CUUGCCUGGCACACUGACGACGUUGCUCUGCGCUCAAAGUUCGAGGAGUUCGGCGCCGUCGAGGAAGCUGUUGUCGUCAAGGAUCGUGACACCGGACGCAGCCGUGGCUUCGGCUUCGUGCGCUUCUCGAACGAGGAUGAGGCUGAUGCCGCUAUCAAGGGCAUGAACGAGAUCGAAUUCGACGGUCGUACCAUCCGCGUGGACAAGGCCUCUGAGCGUGGCAGCGGCGGCGGUGGCUUCCAGAGCCGUGGCGGAUACGGUGGCGGU